AUGUCCCUUUCCCGUACCGGUCUUAAAAACUCACGCUUCUGGCAUCUAUUGAAACAACAAUCGGUCAUGAGCGGCGAAGUGCUCCUUGUCCUCCUGCCCUGGGCGCCGCCCGAUGACUAUGUCCAGAACUUGGCGCAAAUCAGCCCUGGCAUCCGUGUUAUCACACACAAGACUGGCGUAUAUGAAAAAGAAGUGCCCCAAGAGAUAUCCAACAAGACAUGGGCCAUGGCCACGAUUCUUCUGACUUGGAGGAUUUUCCCAACAAAGGAGCAGGCACCAAACCUUCGUUACGUGCAGCUUAUCAGUGCCGGCUGCAAUCAAGUCUUUGGACUGCCAAUCUUCGAAGAAACUGACAUCCCAUUUUGUACCGCCAACGGUGUACAUCCACCACAAUUUACCGAAUGGAUCUUUGCCACUUUCCUGGGCUUCCAGCAUCACCUCCUCGAACACUACGAAAAUCAAAAACUUGGAAAAUGGGUCGACCCAGUGUCAGAUGAGGGAGUUGAGGAUGUUGUAGGCCUUCGAAUAGGAGUCCUUGGCUACGGUUGCAUUGGCAGACAGGUAGCUCGAGUGGGCAAGGCCCUCGGCAUGGAUAUUCAUGCUUUCACUCUGCGCGAACGUCAGACGGCUGAAUCGAGGAAAGACGAUUCAUUCACUGAGCCGAACCUUGGUGAUCCGGAAGGACAUUUUCCGUCCAAGUGGUAUCAUGGGCCUGAACAGCUGAAUGAUUUCCUUGCAUCGGACCUUGAUCUGCUAGUGAUCACAUUGCCCCUCACACCAUUGACGAGAGGUAUGAUAUCGUCGAGACAAUUCGAAAUUCUUGGCAGGAAGAAGACCUUUGUCAGUAAUGUAGGAAGAGGGCCCACUAUUGACACCGAUAGCUUGAUCAAGGCUCUCGAGGAAGGCAAGAUUAGAGGUGCUGCUCUUGAUGUGACAGACCCAGAGCCUCUGCCUCAAGAUCACGCACUAUGGAAAGCCCCAAACGUCAUCAUCACACCGCAUUGUAGCGGCAACUCGAACCAUUAUAACGAGAGAGUCCUCAAAAUAUUGGCAUACAAUUUGCGCCGUCUUGCGGAAGGCAAACCCGUCGUUAACAUGGUUGACAAAUCUUUGGGAUACUAG